UUUGUGUCCCUCCGAAUUUCUUUUUCCCGAUGAACUUUCCCGCUGCAUCACCCACUGCCCCUCGCUUAAAAUCCGUGAUAUCGGCUGUCUUCUUCUGCUUUUUACUAAUGCCUGCCGGCUGAUCCGAUUCCUUCACGAGUGGGCCAUUCAUUCCAUGUCGGGUCGGAACGCGCCUCGCUCGAAGAAUGGCUGCAGCACCUGCCGCCGUCGUAAAGUAAAAUGCGGGGAGGAGCGUCCAGUCUGCAAACGCUGCUUCAAUCUACGACUGAACUGUGAAUGGGGGAUCCCCGUUAAGCGCGGCAAGGCCAAUGCCCCGGUUCGGCAUCUGCAGCCCGCGCAACCUCGUUGGCCGACCAGCGAUGGCAUCACCACUUGCUCCUCCCCAUCUGCGACCACUCCCUCUCCUGUUCGCGCUGCCGUGACCAACAGCAUUCUUCAUCCUCAUUAUGCCAACACUCUAGCUGCCCUCUGGCAUCGGCAGUCCCCCGGACCAGCCCCGGAUUUAACCCCGGUUUCCCCAGAUGUCAGUUUCCCCACGGGAUGGCCGUUUCCGCCCUAUGCGCAACCAUCGCCACUCUACCGGCCCCUGCCCGGAACAGGUGCUCUGCCCUGCACCAAUUCGCUCGUCUUGUCGGAGCAUGAUCAGAAAUACUUUCAGUACUUCCCUUCCUCGUCUGUGGUGUUCUAUUACAUGAAGAAUUGGCAAUGGAGCAGCUUCCGCUAUCUGUAUGAGGGGCCCGCGGCUACCAGCAAGGUCAUCAUGCGCAUGAUCUUGGCUUUGUCUGCAAGUGAUAUGCAUCGGAAUGGUCUGGUUGUCCGGUCACCAGGUCGUCCGACCGCCGAGGAUCACGGCCGGUACCACUAUGGCAUGGCCGUCAAGGAGUUCCGGCAAUUACUGGAAACCCCUAAACCUCAGGUGUCGUUUGCGGAGCUUGAGAUGAUUUUCGCAACCAUGUUCCUCAUGGUCGCAUACGAAUGGCAAUUCGGUCAUUGUGUGCGUCAUCUCCACCUCCAUCUGCAGGGAGUGCGGUCUUUGCUGGAGACACAUCCGGAAUUGUUCCAUGUGCGCGAUGUCAACGAGGUGUUGCUGGCAAUGGAGGCGGAUCAACCCAGUGAUACGGUAUCUAGGGCUUCAUUCAUCUCGGACCAGUUCUUGCUAUGGAUACUAUACAUCGAUGUCAAUCGUCGGUCGAUCGGAACUACAGAGUCGCUCUACGACUACGUGCUCAACUCCGGCAAUGAAUCCCUUCACCCGGACCAUCUGUAUCGCUGCGCACGGCUCUGGAGUCGAUGUUUCUGGGGAAAGCAAUACCCGGACCAGGAGGUAUCGGACGACAUGGAGAACUACCGGGGGCUGGAGUUUGUACACGUCGGAUACACAUUAUGGCAUAAGCUCUGGAAAUGCUUGGACGAGAAACAUACCGAGUCUGGCGACGCACUGUUCGCCGAGAUGAUGACGGUUCGAGAUAAAUAUUCCGACCUUCUUUUGACCGCCAAACUCGCCAGUCCGGGCUCCACCCGCCGCACGCUCAACACCAUCUACAUGGCCGUGAACAACUUCUACGCCCUGAUCCUCUUCCACCGUCGUCUCUUCGAUACAGCCCGCCCACCAGCCGCACUGCAUCGCCAAGCCCUCAACAACAUUAUCGACAACGCCCACAAACAAUACGUCGCAGACCCGCGCCUCUUACGACGACUACACUGGCCACUCCUAAUGGCCAUAGUCGAAACCGACGACCCAGCACAACGCGAGUGGUUACGUGAGCGGCUCUACGAGCUGCGAUCAUUCCACUCAGAACACCUAUGGGCCUUUCAACUCGCAGAGGAGGUACUUGCUCGCCAGGACGCGAGCGCAGGGGAGUAUGCGAAUCUGGCGGAAUUGCUGCGCAACCACCAGAUCCGUUUGCAGUGA